AUGGAGAGCAUGUCUCUCACCCAGCUGCUACUGAGCACGCUCUUCCUUCUCUGUCCAUCGGGUGCUGAGGAGGAGACUGAGGCUCUCUCCUGCCCAGAACACCAGCAGGGCUUUGAUCGCUCCUGUUAUGAGUUUGUGGGUCUCCGGCGUUCUUUCUUCAGUGCUCAGGGUUGGUGUGAGCGAGGUGGAGGACACUUGGCAUUCAUCCAGAAUGAGGAAACCCAGCAGUUCCUUCAGAAACACCUGGAGUCUGAGACGGACUGGUGGCUGGGCCUCGCCCCGGCCUCUGCUAAACUUACUCUGGAUUCUUCUGCUGCUGAAGGGCCCCUGUCGUGGCUGGAUGGCUUAGAUGUCAGCUACUCUAACUGGGUGAGCAGUCCAGCUCCAGGGUCUGGCUGUGCCCACAUCCUCAGAAGCUCAGGCUUCCAGUGGGAGGCCACAGCCAACUGCAACCAGGAGUUCACCUUUGUCUGCGAGUUUGACUCCGGUCACACUAUUGCAUGUGCACACCACAACGCCACACUGCAGUGUGGUUCUGGUCAAGUGAUAGAGGUUGAUGACAGUUUCCAUGGUCGUAAAACAGCUCAUUACUGCCGUUUGAGCCCCAACCCUUCACCCACAUCCACACAGGAAGAGUGCAGCUGGAUGGAUGUUGUAGAUUCAGUAACAGGAGAUUGUCAGGGGCUGCAGGUGUGCCGGGCUACUGUAGAUGUGACCUCUUUUGGUGAACCCUGUCCUGGACUUGGAAGCUACCUGUCUGUGGAGUACCACUGCAAAGAGGCUCUGCGUUUAUCACUGAGAAAGAAGGCAGUGGUCCAUGAAAACAUCACGGCCACCGUGAAAUGGCUCCUCCAACCAUUCCAGGGCGACCUCACCUGCACCCUGAGGGCUGGAGAUGGACACCUUUUCAGUCCCAACACUAAUGAGUUAGAGAGCAGUGUGGUUUAUAAAUACAGCCAUCCAGGAGUCUAUUUGGUUUUGGUGGAGUGUAGUACCAGUGAAUGGCAUGUUACGGUUCAGAAAACCAUCACCAUUCAGGAGCCUGUCGGAGAGUUUGGUGUCAUCAAAUGCUACAGCCAAAACCACUCAACAGAUGGAGCCAACUGCAAAGGUCUCUAUGGAACCCUAUUGCGAAUCCAGGUAGAAGUGGAAGCUGGUACAAAUGUGACCUAUAGAAUCCAGAGUGGGGACACGUUGGUGUCUCACUCCUCUGUGGUCAGAGGAAUCGUUCCCCACAACAUUACAGUGGCUCCAGAGGUUCAGGAGCAGCUUGGGUCCGGCUGCCACCACCUAAGCCUGAAGGCGUCCAAUGGGGUCACGACCCCCGGAGUGUCCACAGAGCUGCAGGUGUGCCUGCUGGAGCCAGUGGAAGGCUUGCAGGCCUCCUUGCUGCUAGAGGAGGGCCAGUGUCCAGACUCCCACCUCCCCAUCAGUGUCUCUCUGGAGCGUGGAGCUCCAGCACAGCUCCUGUUCUCUGUGACUGGAGACAACAAGACAUUCUCUGAGACCAGACCCAUGCACAACAGCAGUCUGCAAGUUUACAACAUCACAUCAACAGUACAAGGAGAUUUUCAGGUGAAACUCAAAGCCUGGAAUGUCUUCUCCGACAUGGAGGUGGAUGUGGAAUUAUGGAACUUGACCGCUACCUGUGACAACAAUUUUGAACCAUCCAAUAAAGAGGAUGGAAUCACAAAGGAGGACCAUAUAAUAAUUCCCAGGGCCGCCAUGUCUAUUACUGUCACUCCAUCCCCUGUUGUUGACUACAGUAAUAGUGUCACACUUGGUUUAACUGGCAACAAUGGAAUCAAUGGAGGAAAUAAACUGUAUUCGUGGCAAUGCCAGACUUCAUGUAAAUGUGAUCAACAAGUUAAUAUGGUGCAGACUUUGAACAUUCAGGCCAGCUGUCUUCCAGACCCUUUCUCUUAUUAUGUUUAUACAUUUACUAUAUGGAACAGUAAUGGUAUCAGCAUUGGCAAUGGCAAUUCUGAAUGCAUCACCGUCACACCACAGGCAUACUCAGGAGUCAGAAUCAUUUGUCUUGAUAAUUGCAACCUAGUGGAUGUAAACACAGACGUCUUGGUGGGACUGGAAUGCACAAGUUGUCCCACAGUGGUCUGGAGUAUCGAGGAUUUCAGACCUUAUAAUGCCUUAAAUCUAACGGGACCCAUCAAAGACUGCCAUGAACAGGCAGUAACAAAACCCCUGAUACUGAACAGUAAUGGUGUCACUCAAUACAAAUUGAUGAGUAGUUAUCUAAAAAGUGCCCAGGCCAUAUCUGAAAAUAUUAUAAUUGUAGCUUAUGAUAAGACAACUCCUGGCUACGCCAAGUACAUCGUCCAGAUACCAAGUUCAACCACCUCUCCUGUGACCACCACUUCCCCUGUAACCAUCACCACCUCUCCCGUAACCAUCACCACCUCUCCCGUAACCACUACCUCCCCUGUAACCAUCACCACCUCUCCUGUGACCACUACCUCCACUGUAACCAUCACCACCUCUCCUGUAACCACUACCUCCCCUGUAACCAUCACCACCUCUCCUGUAACCACUACCUCCCCUGUAACAAUCACCACUUCCCCUGUAACCAUCACCACCUCCCCUUUAACUGCUACCAACUCAAUCUCUUUUGGGUGUAGCAUUUCCCCUUCAAAGGGCACCGUUCUCAGUGCUUUCAAUAUCACCUGCACACAAGCCUCUUGCACGGACUGUCAGUACUGUUUCCAGACUGACAGUGAUAUGCACCUUCGCUGUAGUGAUGUAAGCAAAGUGAACUCCAUCUACCUCCCCGUUGGCGAGAGCAUCAACAACUACAAACUAUCGAUAGUUGCUACAGUCACAGACAAGAUCACAAAGACCAAAAGCAACACCAUCAUCACAACUGAGGUGCGUCCGGAAAACUCCAGCUCUACAGUGCAGGAGCUCCAGUCUGCGGUGGUGGACUCUGUAGCCCAGCUGCAGCAGCAGGGGCUGCUCUCUGGAGAGAACCUGGGACAGAUGUUCCAGUCUGUGUCUGACAUGCUGAACGAGAACAACGACGACGAGCAGAAGGAAGACAGGGAAAAGCUAAGAGAGCAGAUGCUGACCAUAAUUACUGAAGAGGAGAAGGUCGCCCCCUGCAGGACCCCACAGAGUGUGCAGGUGACAGCCAGAGCAGUCUCAGGACUCACCAAACAGAGCAGUGAGCUCACUACCAAAGCCCAGAAACAGGCAGGUUCUCUGGUGGCAGACCUCAGUUCCUCCCUUCUCGCCAUGAACAUCAUUCAGGAAGAUGGAAGGGGUGAUGUGUUGAAUGCCGCAAUUGCAAUAGUACAGGUGGAUAGCAACCUUUUAGAGUUCUCUUCAAAUAGAACCAUCUCGGACUAUAUUGUCAGUAGCUUGGCCUAUGUACAGAGCGUAUUGUUGAUUGGAAAAAAGGUCAACGAGGUGCCGACCACUAUACGCACUGCUAAGAUCAGUGUGUAUGUUAAAAGAGCAUCUCCAGAAACACUUCAAAUGCAGUCGAUCGUCGUUCCCAAGAACACCUCCUCCAGCUUCUCUUUCCCUCCACUGCCUUCUGGCAUCCUUCCUCUGGAGGAACCGGUGGAUGUGCGGAUGCUGAGUUUGGCAAAUAAUCCUUUCUCUUGGAGUCAAGAAGGAAACAUCAGCGGUGUUGUCGGCUCAAUGUCUAUCAGCAAAGAAAAUGGCUCAGUCAUUCCCAUAGAGAACUUGGCUGAGGAGAUAGAGAUAUUAUUGCCCAGGCUGGAUGGAGAACAGGUGAACAGUACAAUCUUGAACCUGAGUAACUACAGCACUCUGAAGAUCAACGUUACUUCACCUGAUGUGACGCUGGUGCUGAGGAUGGAGCCAUCAGAGGACUUGACCUUUAAACUGUUCCUGGGUGAUAAGAACUACCCCACCACAGCGGAUUAUGUAGCUAAGACUCAGAUGCCACAUCAGGGUAGCAAACGAGAGGAGAUGUACAUAUGGGUGCUGGCUCCCAGUGAUAGAGGAGGACAUGUCGGGGAGCACUACCUUGUGGUGCAACCCAUUGUGGAGGCAGGGGUUAAAUCAGUAAAUGCCAGCGUGUCUGUCACCUCCAUUGCUGCCCAGUGCAAGUAUUGGAAUGAGUCUCAAUCAGCUUGGAGUGAAGCCGGCUGCAGGGUUGGCCCUCUCACCACCCCGUUUGUCACUCAGUGCCUAUGUAACCACCUGACCUUCUUUGGAAGCUCUUUCUUCGUCAUGCCCAACGUUGUGGAUGUGUCUCGCACCGCAGAGCUCUUCUCUACCUUCACUGAAAACCCAGUGGUUGUGUGCUUUGUGGGCGCCAUCUUUGUAGCUUAUCUCCUGGUGGUUGUGUGGGCACGCAGGAAAGACAUCAAGGAUACUGCCAAGGUAAAGGUAACAGUACUGGAGGACAACGACCCUUUGGCUGAGUAUGGCUACAUGCUGAACAUCAGCACAGGACAUCGACGUGGUGCCUCCACCUCAGCUCAGGUAACCGUGACUCUGCUGGGCACAGAGGGGGAGAGUGAGCCCCACCACCUCACUGACCCUGACAAACCUGUGUUUGAGAGGGGUGCAGUAGAUACCUUCCUGCUGACCACCCCCUUCUCCCUGGGGGAACUGCAGAGCAUCAGGGUGUGGCACGACAACUCUGGACAACACCCUAGCUGGUACAUAAACAAAGUAAUGGUGCAAGAUUUACAAACUGGGCAGAAGUGGCAUUUCCUCUGUAACUCCUGGCUUGCGAUCGAUAUGGGAGACUGCCUUCUGGAUAGAUCCUUCCCUGUUGCCACUGAAAUGGAUCUGAAGAGAUUUAGUAACCUGUUCUUCAUGAAGACAGCCAAGGACUUCCGUGAUGGUCACAUCUGGUUCUCUGUGAUCAGCCGUCCUCCAAACAGCACCUUCACAUGUGUGCAGCGAGUAUCAUGCUGUUUUUCUCUGCUGCUCUGCACCAUGUUGUCCAAUAUCAUGUUCUAUGGCAUCCCAACUGACCCCUCUGAACAAACAAUGGACCUGGGUCAAAUUGAGUUCACCUGGCAACAAGUGAUGAUUGGAGUUCAAAGUUCUAUCAUCAUGUUCCCCAUCAAUCUGCUGAUUGUGAGUAUCUUCAGAAACACCCGCCCCCGAGAGAAGAAGCCUGGUCAACCCAAGACAGAGGCCUCCAAGCAGGGGAAGACUGGCCGCGUGUCUCCAUCACAGCCUCCUUCUCCACAGAUGGAACACGAGGACAUCACACCAGACACUGUCAUCAAGGACAUCAAGAGGAUAGCCCAGUCUCUCUCCAAGGCCAUGAAGAGCCCCAUGCCUCGUCUGGACUUGGAGCUGGGGUCUGGACGACAGGCUGACAUCAACACUCUGCUCUCUCUGGUGGAGGACAUUAUCAGACAGCAGAACCGUGCAGGUGGAGAGUUCUACACUGAUGUCUGCAAGAGAGAAGGAUCUGUACUUCUGUCUUUAGGUUCAGUUGAACUUCAAGACAGCAGCUUGUGUGGGAGCCCUGAGAAAACUGCAGACAGGAGCCAGAAACGGAGCAGCAACAGUCAGUAUCUGUACAGGCAGCUCCGCCAUGUUGAGAAGGAGUUGAGUCUACUGGGACCCUCUCGCUUCCCUAACCCACACAGCUAUCAGCGGGCUGUGCAGCAGGUCCAGGGGAUGAAGGGAUUGCUGGAGUCCCAUCUCUCUUCCUCCAGCCUUGGAGGGGACCAGCCAGCUCGCAGCAUCAGCACAGCAGAGAGCCUUGACGAGGACACCAGCAAGAGGAAGUGCUGUCAAGGAGGGUUGCCGUGGUGGUUUGUGUUUGUGGGCUGGAUACUGGUGCUAGCCACUAGCGGUGUGUCAGGAUUCUUCACUAUGAUGUAUGGACUGCAUUAUGGGAAGGAGCGCUCCGUCAGCUGGCUCAUAUCUAUGGUUGUGUCCUUCUUUGAGAGCCUCUUUAUCACACAACCUCUUAAGGUGCUAGGAUUUGCUGUCUUCUUUGCUCUUGUGCUCAAGAAAGUUGAUCAGGAAAAAUAUGGUGAUCCUAAGGUCGAUGGAAUGCUCAGAAACCCAGAUGAAGCUGGUGCAAUGCGGGCAGCCAGGAGAGACAGCACAUGCAGCUUCUACCAACCCCCUCCUCCAAGUGACAUUGAAAAAAUGAGGAACAACAUGAUGAAAGAACAGAAGGUCUUUGCCCACAUCAGGGAGAUUCUAACCUACAUGGGGUUUAUGUGGAUGUUACUCCUGGUGGCAUAUGGCCAGAGGGAUCCCAAUGCUUACUUCUUGACUCGACACAUCCAGCAGAGCUUCAGCCAAGGAAUUUCUGACAACAUGAGUCCUGGUGAUGUGUUCACCUGGGCAAACACCUCUCUACUAAACAACCUGUUUGGAGAAUAUCCAGGUUUCAUCACAGAUGGGAACUCCAAACUGGUGGGUAAUGCCCGCCUUCGCCAGGUGAGGGUACAGAAGAACUCGUGCCGUGUUCCCCGCUCCAUGCGCCAGUCUGUGCCUGACUGCCAUGCUCCCUACUCAUGGGAGGUGGAGGACAUGGGCUCCUAUGGGCCCGGCUGGAACCGCUCUGUGGGGGACAACUCCUCAGUGAGCCUUCGCAGCCCAUGGAAGUACCAGAGCCAGGCCCGACUGAGGUCAUAUCCUGUCUGGGGUAGUUUGGUUCUCUACAGAGGAGGCGGCUUUGUGGAGGAACUGGGCCCAGACUCAUACAAUGCCAGCAGAACCAUUCAGUACCUGUUUGACAGCACCUGGAUUGACAUGUACACCCGGGCAGUCUUCAUAGAAUUCACUGUGUAUAAUGCCAAUGUCAACCUCUUCUGCAUUGCCACUCUCAUGCUGGAAACCUCUGCUGUAGGGGCGUUCCAGUUCCGCAGUGAGCUGCAGAGUGUUCGUCUUUACCAAUCGACUGGUGGUCUUCACAUCUUUGUCAUGGCCUCUGAGGUCGUCUACUUUCUCUUCAUCCUGUAUUAUAUGUUUGUUCAGGGCAAGCUGAUGAAGCAGCACAAGUGGGGUUACUUCAGGAGCAAGUUUAACCUGGUGGAGCUGGCUAUCAUCAUCCUGAGCUGGAGUGCUCUGUCUGUCUUUAUCAAGAGGACUCUUCAGGGGAACAGGGACAUGGCCUACUACCACGACCACAAAGACGAGUUUGCCAGUUUCCGUGCUACAGCGACUGCUGAUGCUGUGCUAGGCUAUCUGAUAGCCUUCCUGGUUCUGCUGGCGACAGUCAAGCUCUGGCAUCUGAUGAGGCUCAACUCCAAGCUGCACAUGAUCACAGCCACACUGCAGAGGGCCUGGACUGACAUCUCAGGCUUCCUGGUGGUCAUCACCAUCAUGACUCUUGCCUACUCUAUCGUUGUAUGGUUUAAUUUGCUGUGUGGCUGGAGGCUGUCAUCAUAUAAGACCCUCAUGGAAGCUGGUCAUAACAUGGUCAGUUUGCAGUUGGGCAUCUUCAACUAUGAUGAGGUUCUGGAUUAUAAUCCAGUAUUGGGUGGGUUCCUCAUUGGCUCCUGCAUCGUGUUCAUGACCUUUGUGGUGCUGAACCUUUUCAUCUCCGUCAUCCUGGUGGCUUUCAGUGAAGAGCAGAAACAUCACAAGCCCUCUGAAGAGGAGGAGAUCGUGGACCUGAUGCUGAUGAAGCUCUGUGGUUUGUUAGGGAUCAAGUGCAAGCAGGGGCAGAAAAACCUUGGAGAGAAGUAUACCACUCCCUCUGCCAUCAACAAAGAACCCUCCACCAUCUCUUUAUAGACUCAUAACAUGCUUAAUACAUUUAUCAAAAUCUAAGUAUGCAUAUAUAGAAUGAAUUGAUUUAAAAAUAUAUACUUUGUGUUUGCACAAUGUUCAACCAAAAUGAUUUUGAGAGGUAAUUGGGUGUUCAUGUAUAAAUCGAACUCAGUCUUCAUUGUAUUUUGAAAAGAUUCACCACCAAACCAAAAUAUAUCCCAUUCCGUCUUUAAUUCUAAAUAAAAUACGAGGGUUCUUCUUUUCCCGAAAAAGAUAAAUACAGUGUCCUGUAUACAAAAAAAAAGGGGUAAACAAA